AUUCUUCCCAUGUCGUUCUCCCCGCCAUCUAUCCUUCAUCCCCGCCUUUUGUAAAGUGCUAUCGCCCCCACAGUGUCGGCCAUGAGUUCAGUUUCUUCAUCCUCAACCUCUUCUGUGCUCUCUACCGCCGCGUCUUCACUGACGUCACUCGCACUCGCUAACUCUACCGCGCUCAUCCAACCAACGAGUGACUUUUUCACAAACAGUUUCCCUCAGACAGCGUCCUUUGGCGCAGCAAGCACCAGUAGUGCCAGCAAUAAUGACGACGAUGGAAAUAAUAACAAUAAUAAUAACACACUAGCCGCAUCGUCGUCUCUGUACCUCUUCACUUUCCUCGCGACCCUCCUCCUUCUCCUCGCAAUCUCCUGUGCUAUCGUAAUCCGCUCAUUCAUUAUCCGACGCCGUUUCCAUCGGCGAGUCCAAGAAGCACUCGCAGAUGGUUCCGUGCUCCCACCCCAUGCUCCCGGCCCCGGCGGUUUCGGCGGCAUCGGCGGGGGACGAAGACGCGAUUUUGGCGAGAAGCCAAAGUUAUGGGAUGCACAUCUCAGACCUCCCGCGCCGCUGUCGUCGUCCCUUUCUUCUGAGUUGCGGUGGGAGAACAUAAAGCCUGUCUCGGCCAGGAUCCUCUCCGACAAACUCUCUGGAGCUGGCAAACGACGCGUAACUUCCUCGACUACCACACCUCCCCGUACGGGAGGCUUCCUCCAGACGGCUUCGUUAGGACUCGUCAAUGGACAUGGCCGAUCUUGGCGACCGCGAUUCCUUCCUCGGCCAGGUCCUCCACAAUCACCUUCAGCGAUGACGACGCCCCCAGCGCAACCUCCAACCAUCUCCGCGCCCAUCCCUCCUUCCACUUCCACUUCCUCAUCCCCAUCCUCUCCGGCCGAACAAAGAGCAGAAUCGAACUCAGAAGACGCCCAUCUCCAGAUUCACGUCCUCAUCGCUAUGCCAUCUCCUUAUCGUCCUCGCUCAUGGCUCUCUUCCUCUUCCUCAUCACAAUCCUCUUCUUCGACGAAUGUAGAUGCAUCUCCGUUGAAAGGCAAAACACGAACACCGUAUCCCACAGUUUACGAUAACGAAGAUGAGGAAGAAGAGUUACCUGAUGUUGCGUUUGGUGUGACGGAGGUACCGUGGAAAGUCGCUCUUCCUAACUCUCCCGCUGCCCAAAGUCAAAAUCCAAGUCAAAAUCGGGGUGAAUCGGGGUUUAGUAACGGUGGUGCAGGUAAUGUUGGUGGUGAACCUUCACGAGGGCAUGUAUAGGAUCGUAGGGUCAUAGUACUACUCCGGACAUUUAUUGUGUAUCAGUAUCUUAUGCUCAUUCAUUCGGACAUUGGACGCGUUCAAGCAAACACGCAACAUGAAUACAUCUCUUCUGAUGGAUUAAACAUCCAAAUAAAUGAGCAUACAAAAUUUAUACAAACCAU